AUGGCCCGCUCGCACAUUGCCGUCGCUUUGGGCGCCGCCCUACUUGCUUCUUUGAUCAUUGGCCAACUCGUCAUCAACUUGGGAUUCCCUUCGGUCGACUUUUGGCAUGCGCGCCUAGACCAAACCUACACUGGCGCUCAGCAGGACUCGUUCUUCAGUGAGAAGCAGGAUGACGGUCCCGCCGCCCAAGAUGCGUCGUCGUACCUCAUCGGUGUUGGCAAAGGAGACAUUACCGGCCCUGUUGUCGAGCUCAACUUGAUGGGCUAUGCCAACUCAUCGCAAAAAGGAACUGGACUGCGCCAGCGCAUUUACUCGCGCGCCUUCAUUAUUGGCAACCCAAGCGUAGCGAGCGAGAGAUUUGUGUACCUCGUCCUAGACACCCAGUCUGGAGACACUGCUAUUCGUAAUGGCAUCUUGGAGGGUCUCCAGGGAAUGGGCCCCGAAUAUUCCGUUUACACAAAGAACAAUGUAGCCGUGACAGGCACCCACAGCCAUGCUGGCCCGGGUGCUUGGUUGAACUAUCUCCUCCCACAAAUCACCAGCCUUGGCUUUGACAAGCAGAGCUAUCAAGCCAUCGUUGACGGAACGCUGUUGUCGAUCAAGAGAGCACACGAAGGCCUGACGCUGGGAACCGUCAGUGCUGGCAGCGCCAAAAUUGCCAAUGCAAACAUCAACCGCAGUCUCUUUGCUUAUCUUGCCAACCCACAGGCUGAGCGCGACCGUUACACGGACGAUGUAGACAAGACCAUGACGUUGCUCAAGUUUACGCGGGCCAGCGAUGGAAAGAAUAUUGGUGUCUUGAACUGGUUCCCGACCCAUGGUACCAGCUUGCUUGGCAACCAAACGCUCAUCGCUGGAGACAACAAGGGUGUCGCCGCAUAUCUCUUCGAGCAAGAUAUGGAGGCAAGCGCAAAUGCCGCCCAGGGCUUUGUCGCAGGCUUUUCACAGGCCAACGUCGGUGACACGACUCCCAACGUUCUUGGUGCUUACUGCGAAGAUGGAACCGGCUCGCAGUGCAGACUAAACGACAGUACUUGCGGAGGCAAGAGUCAGGACUGUCAUGGUCGUGGCCCAUACUAUGGCCUCAACGACGGUGGCCACAAGUCUUGUUACGAAAUCGGCAAGCGUCAAUAUCAAGGGGCCAAGGGCAUUUACGAGUCGGCUUCCUUCACAGCCAUCUCCGGCAGCAUUCGCUCUUUCCACACUUUUGUCGACUUCUCCAACUUUACCUUCACAUUGAGCAAUGGAUCCACAGUCCAUACAUGUCCUGCGGCAAUGGGUAACUCAUUCGCCGCUGGAACUUCUGAUGGACCUGGUGCGUUUGACUUUGUCCAAAACGAUCCCGGCGCGCCCUCGAAUCCCUUCUGGAACAUCGUCGGCAGCGCCAUUUCUCCACCAAGCAAGGAGCAAAGGGAAUGCCAAUACCCAAAGCCCGUCUUACUGAAUGUUGGUCAGGCAACCGUGCCUUACCUUUGGUCCCCCAACAUUGUUGACAUCCAGCUACUUCGCGUUGGUCAAUUUGUCAUUAUUGUUUCACCCGGUGAAGCAACCACCAUGUCUGGUCGCCGCUGGCGUGAAGCAGUUCACAACGCUGUUGUCUCAUCAAACAUUGCUUCGUCGCCCAUUGUCGUGCUCGGUGGGCCAGGAAACACAUACACGCACUACAUUGCCACCGAGGAAGAGUACAGCAUCCAGCGCUACGAGGGUGCGUCCACGCUUUACGGCCCACAUACGCUAAACGCUUUCAUCAACUCCACCUUGACAUACCUACCCUACAUUUCCGAUGGAUCAAGGAGCGCUCCUCCACCCGGCCCAUCGCCUCCAGAUCACCGCGACAAGAGCAUCUCGCUCAUCACCGGUGUCGUCUACGACGGUGCAGGCAUUGGCCGCUCGUUUGGCCAAGUUACAAAAGACGUUGUAUCCAGCUACGCUCGCGGCGCCCUGGUCAGCGCCACUUUUGUUGGCGCCAACCCGCGCAACAACCUCCGUCUCGAAGGCACCUUUGCUUCUGUGGAAAAACAGGCAGCCGACGGUACGUGGACGCAGGUCAAGAACGACGAAGACUGGGAGUUGGUCUACGAGUGGAAGCGCGUCAACGGCCUGACGGGUACGAGUGACGUUACUAUUACGUGGGACACGGGUCUCACGGCACCGGCGGCGGGGACGUAUCGCAUCAAGUAUAACGGUGAUGCCAAGAAGGUUGGUGGUAGCAUUGAGGCCUUCGAGGGCAAGAGUGCUGCAUUCAACUUGGUGUAG